GAUGUUAUCAGCGUUUGUCAAUUAAGUUAUAUUUGAGGGCGAUGUUUUAUGGAUUUUGAGCCAAUAUGUUGGGAGCUUUCUUCUUUACUCUCCAUCCUUUUAGGACUCAGAGACAAAAGAGAACCAAAACCCAUAAGAGAGGUUUAUGGGACAUUCAGAUGCACAAAGUUGUAUUUGAGAAAGAUGCAUCUCGUGAUGGAACUGCAUUACUUUUUACGUUUCGUAACCAGCGACAGAGACGCGGAAAACAUAAAAAUUAAAGUCAUCCUUCUCAUUGUUGGCUUAGAGGCUGAAUUUGAUGUUUUUAAUUUGGACAUAAGGUUGAGCAACACAAUCUGGAGGGAACAAAUCCUCAACAAAUGAUUAUCAUCAUGCCAAACAGUACAUACAUUAGAAGUGCAGAGCAAGGUUGAUGUUGGAGGUUACAUGGCGUCGGCUCAGCCAAUCGGUGCCGAUAAUAUCCGGACACUUUUAAUUGGAGAUCUGCAGUUUUGGAUGGAUGAAUAAUAUCUCUAUAGCUGCUUUACAAAUAUUGGAGAUGUACUAAAAUUUCUAAAAUACUUUGUUGCUGCUGAGUGUUUUUAAUAUGUAAAACUGUAUCAUGGGGAGAAAAAUAAAUAUAUUAAAUUGUUGUGAGAAUACAGUUGUAUAUUCUUUGGAUUGAUUUUCUAUUGAGGGCAAUGCAGGUUUAACUGAGGUAAAUGAAUA